UAUUGAUACACAAUAUUGAAUGUUUUUUCCUUUCGUAUGAACAUUCCUUGAGCUGGAUUUUCCUAAUUGGUGGCGAGCCUCCCAUUUCGACCUGAUUGGAUCACGAAUCUAGAGGAAAGGACAAUUUUCUAUUUUAAAUAUUUUUCUUUAGACAAGUAAGAGGAUACAUUUCAGAAACUGUUUCCUUAUUUUGUUUGUUUACUUUAUUGAACUGAAACAUUUCAGAAGCACAAUUCUGAUAAUUUAAGACUGAUCAAUACUCCAAUUGAUAAGAACUUUGAUCUUGAAUACUGAUUUCAGUGUUACAUAUAUAAUUUGUACCAUCUUUGUACAUUGAUUGUGACUGUGAUUUCUGUAAAUGAGAAUUAAUUUAGAGGGUGCACCCAUAGUAUAUAUAGUUAAUUGUAUUUUCAUUGUUGUUUACUAUUUUUUGUGAUUAAGGAAAGAAAAAGAAAAAGAAAGGUUUCUCAAUACUCAAAGUAAAAUAAUUAAUUAAUCAACUUACCUUCUGUCUCUGCUUGUUGCUCACUAUCACUGCUACCUCCUCCUUCGUAUGGUGCACCCUUCUGAUCUUAUUAUUAUGCCUGGUCCAUAAGUAAGUGAGUUAAUACCCGCUACAUAAAGAAAGUACACUUUCAUGGCAAUAUUUCUAAACACAUUUAAUAAAUGAUCAUUAGACUGAUGUGACCUACCAAAGACUUGUUAAUUUAAAGUUCAUGCAAUUCUUUUUUAGUUGUCUGUUAAAAUGUUAAAAAAUAAUAACUUUGAGUUUAUUUUUUCUAAGGGAUGUAAUUAUUCAAUAUUGAUAGUUGUUUGAUUCCAAUUUAACAAUAUUAAAAUGAGGUUUUUUUUUGUUUGGACACAUACAACUCGUAAUUAAUUUAUUAAAUGUACUUUUGCAAAACAAAAAAUCUGAUUCAUAAUUUGACUACCAAACUGUUUUAUUGUUAGUGUAAGCAUUGUGUUUUUUGUUUGUUUGCAAUGCAUUCAACUGAAAUGAAUACAUAUUUAAUUAACUAGAUUUGUUUUUCAGUAUUUUGAGAAGUACAUAAUCAUAUUUCACAUACAAUAGAAGUAGUUAAAGUACAUACUGUAGAAAGAUGCAUUGAAAUCACUUCACUGCACUGAAAUCACAGUUCAACUGAUUGAAUUUAAUUUUAUAUAUUUGAAUUUAUUUGGCAAACUUGUAUUUGAAACAUUACAUUUAAUGAGUAAUUAAAUGUACUGUUAAUAUACAUUAACUUAUUUUUAAUUUCACAUUAAUUGCUUGACAGUAGAUUGAACAGUGCACUUUAAGUAUAUUGUAAAAACACUAGAAGCAAUUGUAAAAGCCAACAGAGUAAUUAUGCACUUUAAAUAUUACUUUAUGCAUUUUAAUUAUAGCUAUGCUAUAAUGCUUUAUGUUUACAACAUCAAGCUUUUAUUUUGGCAACCUCAGAAACCGGAUGUGUAGUGACGUAAUUCAGUUUGGAAGAACGGCGGAAAAAAGACGAAAGAAAGGGGGCGAACCAAGAUGGCAGCCUGAACGGACGCAGUUUUUGUGUGCUUGCACCAAAUUUGAUUUUAGACGCUGCUAAUAAGCUACAUGUAGUUAUUUUUCAAUUAUACUUGGUUAACACGGUUUUGUGUAUUAUUGACUAAAGUUUUUGCUGCAUCAUGGUUCGUAAGCGAGCACUUUCGGCUCACUUAGACAAGUCUAAAAAUGCUGAUGCUAGCGCACAUGCUAGUGCUAGUGCUAGUGGUGGUCACGAUUAUGCUGUUUAUAUGAGCGAGGAGGACUCAUUUAACUUGGCCGAAGAGGAAUUUCCUGCUCUGCCGGUUACUCCAUGCAAGCCACCAGAUGCUAAAAAAAAACAGUGUCAGUAAAUGCUGAUGUCUCGUCUCAGCUAGACAACAUAAAGCAGCUGAUUAACUGCCGCUCGGACGCAAUUGAGCAGAAAAUCUCUGAUCUGAAUGUAAAGGUGGAUACGGUGACUUCCGAGCUUAAAGCUGUGGCAGCUAAGGUGACGUGCUUAGAGCGACGUGUUGAUCAAGUUGAGCAACCGAUAGGCCAGAUGCAAAGAAGAAUGGAUGAUCUUGAAACCUACAUGAGACGACGCAACCUGAAGCUUAUAGGUAUUCCGGAGGUGGCUGAUGAAAACAUUCGUCUUGAAGUUGUUAAGAUCUGCCAAGCUGUGCUUCCCAGCGAAAAGGAAAAACUUCCGGAAGUUGUUGAUGUUGUUCAUCGUCUCGGGAAACCACAACGGGGCAACGUUGGCGGUAAGCCUAGAGCUACCAUAAUCCAGUUUUCCACGCGCACCUACAGAGAUGCCAUUUGGAAGGCAGCCAGGAAUUCUUCGUAUCUGCGUGACAACGGGCUGCAGUUUAGGGAGGACUUCUCGAAAGGAGACCGUGAGCGAAGAAUGAUGUUAUGGCCGGAGGUUCAGAAGGCUCGAGCGGCUGGAAAGAUUGCUUAUUUUGUCCGAGCCAGAGCCUUUAUACAAGGUGAAGGUGAAAUUACUCUCACCUGCUGAUUUAAUAGUUAACAUUACUGUUUACCUUGUUCUGGUUUAAGAAGGAUUCGUCUGGAGUGAAAUAUAUGUUAAUAUAUAACAUGGUAAUUUCACUAACUUUCCUUUAAUGAACAAUGCAGCAAAUUUAAUUUACUGCUGUUUACCAAUAAUAUGUUAUUUUCUGAACAGUAAGUAGCUUAUUUGCACUAAAAAGUUUUCAAAUGGUGCUACAUUAUAUUUCUGACCUUUUUGCCUACCUCAAUUUCAUAUAACUACUUAACUAAAAUAGGUUAUAUAUAUAUUUUUUUCUUUCUUUUUCUGUUGUUCUUGUUCUAGAGAUAGUUGUUUAUGUCUCUUUCCUUUAUUUCCUUGAAUGCCAGGGGUUUAAGAGAAUCUGUUAAGCGUAAGGCCUUGUUUUUGUUUACUAAACGGUUUAAUUCUGAUUUUGUUUUCUUCCAAGAAUCUCACUCAGUUGCCUCUGAUGAAAAAUUUUGGCGUGUACAGUGGGGCAAUGAUAUUUGGUUGUCCCAUGGAUCAGAACACUCGGCAGGGGUUUCUUGCUUUAAAAAUAAUUUUGGUGGCGAAGUCUUACAUUCAGAGAGUGACGAAAAUGGCCACUUCAUAUGUUUAGUUUUAAAAAGCUUCAAUAUAAUAUUUAUAGUAGUGAAUGUUUAUGGUUACAACAGAAAAUCUGAUAAUGACCAGUUAUUAUUUUUGUUAGAAGAGAGACUUCUUUAUUGGUUAUCCAAAUUUCAUGAUGCUCAUUUAAUUUUAGGAGGUGAUUUCAAUGUUGCUUUGAAUGAAUCUACUGAUAGAUGGCCACCAGGGCGACCCUCCAAUUUAAAUUCCAAUUUAAAGGUGUUUAUGAGUAGGUUUGAUCUUGUUGAUAUUUGGAGAGAAAAAAACUUAGAUGACAAGGUGUUUACUUGGAGCAAUAAGGAAGGCUCCAGAUGUUCUAGGAUAGAUUUUUGGCUUAUUUCUAAUAACUUUGAUAAGGAAAAUAUUCAUGUUGAUAUAAUGGCAACGCCUCUAACUGACCAUAAGGCUAUCUCAAUUAAAAUUAAUAUUUCUCCAAAUUUCAAUUGUAACAGACAAUACUCAUACUGGAAAAUGAAUAGUUCUCUGCUCAAAUUCAAUGAAGUGAAACAGGAAAUGGAGAGACUCAUUAAUUUCUAUUGGGUAAAAGCCAAAAAUGAAGGAUUGUUUAAUUGUAAUUGGGAAUUAUUAAAAUUUGAAAUUGGAAAAUAUUUGAGAAAAUUUGGUAGUGCAUUAGCUAAAUCACAGCGUCUAACAGAAGAGAAAAUUGUGGAAGAAAUUUUAUGUUUAACCAAUAUUUCCAAUGAUAAUCUACUGGAUGAACAGAAAGUACGCCUAGCGGAUUUACAAAAUAAGUUGGAUGAUAUGUACAAAAAGAGAGCACAAGGAGCCUUUAUUCGAUCAAGACAAAAAUGGUUAGAGCAUGGUGAAGAGAUGUCUGCUUAUUUUUUUAAUCUUGAAAAGUCUAGAGCUAAAUUCAAUUCUAUUUCCAAACUAAAUAUUAAUGGAUCUAUUUCAGAUGAUUUAUCUACAAUUUCUAGUUUUUGUUAUAAUUAUUACUCCAAUUUAUACACUUCUAAAUUUUGUGAAAUGAAUAUGUCAAAUUUUUGCACUUAUUUAGAGAAUGUAAAUAUACUUAGUCAAGAGGACCAAACAUUUUGUGACUCCCCAAUCACAGCUGCGGAAAUUAAGGAUGCGAUUGAGUGUCUAAAAUGUAACAAAUCACCUGGUAGUGAUGGAAUUACUGCUGAGUUCUAUAAGCAGUUUUCUGAUAUUCUUGUCCCGUUCCUUUUUGAAGUAUAUUCUGAAAGUUUAAGGUCCGCUAAACUUCCUGCAACCAUGACUCAAGGAGUAAUCUCUUUAAUUCCUAAACCCAAAAAAGAUUUAUUGCUUAUUGAUAGCUGGAGACCUAUCAGUUUGUUGAAUAAUGAUUAUAAAGUCUUCGCUCUUAUUUUUGCCCAAAGGUUUAAAUUAGUUUUAGAUACAAUAAUUGAUGAAAACCAAUCUGGGUUUAUGAGGAACAGACACAUAUUCAAUAAUAUCAGACUUAUUUUUGAUCUUAUUGACUAUUCUGAGCUCAUCAAAGAUGACAGUUUUAUUUUGUUUUUAGAUUUUUUCAAAGCUUUCGAUACCGUUGAACAUCCUUUUAUUUUUUAUUGUUUAGAAAGAUUUGGGUUUGGAAGCUAUUUUAACAAUGCCAUGAGAACUCUUUAUGCAAACGGUAACAGUUCAGUUAAAUUAAGCCAUGGCACCACACAAAGAUUUUCUUUAAAAAGAGGUGUAAGACAAGGCUGCCCAGUUUCAGUCUAUCUCUUUCUUAUUGUUGCGCAGGCGUUUAACCAUUAUAUUAAAUCAAGUAAUUUAGAAGGUAUUCAAGUCAAUGGACAAAGCGUGUUGAUAAGUCAGUUGGCCGAUGAUAGUGCUCUUUUCUUAAAAAAUGCUAGUCAAAUUCAACCUGCAAUCAAAAUCAUUGAGGUCUUUUCAGAUGCUUCAGGUCUUUGCCUGAAUUUACAAAAAUGUGAAUUGUUUGCUCUGAAGAGUUGCCAUUACAAUUCCAUUUGUAAUAUUCCUAUUAAGGAUGUCCCAGUUUAUUUAGGUAUGGCUAUUUCCAAAAGUGAACAAGACAGAAUCUCACUUAAUUUUGAUCAUGUGAUCAAGAAGGUUAAAAGUAGGUUUAACCUGUGGCUACAGAGAGAUUUGUCCUUGAAAGGUCGUGCUCUGCUGGCUAAAGCGGAAGGAAUUUCUAGGCUUACCUAUGUUGCCUCUUCAAUUCAUUCAGAUAAUAAAAACAAUAAGAUAAUUGAUCAAAUAAUGAUAAAUUUUCUGUGGAAAAAUCGUUUGCAUUAUAUUAGGAAAUCAGUCUUAGUUAAUUCAUAUAAAAAUGGUGGUCUAGAUUAUUUAGAUUUUUCUGUCCUAAAUAACACCUUUAAAAUUAAUUGGUUGAAGUAUUUUUUGAGUAACCCUUCUUCUCUUUGGAAUACUGUUGCUAACACUGUUUUUGAUCAAAUAGGUGGUCUUCCAUUUCUGUUAAUGUGUGAUUACAAAAUUGAAAAACUUCCUGUUAAAUUGUCAGCCUUUCACAAGCAAGUACUUUUGGCGUGGAAGUUGAUCUACAAACACAAUUUUUCUCCACACCAGUAUUACAUUUGGAAUAAUUGUAACAUUGUCUAUAAACACAAGAGUAUAUUCAUGAAAUCCUGGUUUGACAGAGGGUUUCUUUUGGUUGGUCAGUUGCUGAACUCUCAGGGAUACUUGAUGACUUAUGAGGAGUUUCUUUCAUAUUUUGAAUUUCCUGUAACCCCAAAAGAAUAUGCCUCAGUAAUAGGUGCGGUCUCUUAUAGUAUUGUAUCUUUAUGUAGGGGAAUAUCAUACUCAAAACAUGCUUCCUUAUUUCACCCUGUUGACACUUUCUGUGGGAAAAUUUGUUUUUCAUCUAGAAAAAAAAAUAAGGCUAUUCGCUCAUUAUUUCAGGAAGAAAUUGUUAGUAAACCAUAUGUUAUUUUUUAUUGGUCAAAGUUCACCCAAAAUAUUGAUUGGACGAAAGUUUGGGUAUUACCUAAUAAGUAUCUUAUUACAAAUAAAAUUAAAGAGAUUUCAUUUAAGAUACUACAUAAAUUUUACCCUGCAAAGCACUUUUUAACCAGAUUUAUUAAGGAUAUUGAUGUUAACUGUUCAUUUUGUUUAUUACAACCAGAAACAGUCCCACAUAUUUUCUGGCAUUGUCAGUAUACAAAGAGGCUUUGGUGUGAGGUUUGUAAUUUUAUAAAGGUUAAAGUACUGUCUAACUUUAGCUUAUUAUAUGAAAAUGUAAUAUUUGGUUUUUUGAAUUACGAUUUGAAGUUGGAUAAUGAGGCUUUUAUAAUCAACCUGUUAAUUUUACUUGUGAAGUACCAUAUUCAUUGCUGUAAAUUUAGCAACCGGAAACCUUUUUUCUCGGUGGUAUUAAAAGAAGUAGAAAUAUAUAUAAAUACUAUUAAGGAAAGUAAAAACAAAAAAGCUGUCAAAACUGUGUAUCUGUUUGACAAGUUUAAGUUAUUGUGAUGUAGCAAGGCCUUUUUUAUUUUUUUUAUUUUUAUUUUUUUAUAUAUUAGUAUAUCUGUAUAAUCUUGUCUGUAUUUAUUUGUUGUUUUUAUUUUAUUUAUUUAAUUUUAUCUUGGAUGUUGUAUGUGCAAUCGAUGUCUUACUCCUGUCCCUGGCAUUUUGUAUUGUUCCUGGUGUUAUAGCAAUAAAAAAAAAAAAAGACGAAAGAAAGUCUGAAAGGUUCACGGUUAAAACGGUAAAAAGCACGGAUAAUCUACAAGGUUUUAGCUUCGGUCAAUUGGGGAACAAGCUCUUACGUUGGUUGAUGACACGGAGAGCAAUAAAAUUCAUUUAACCAUCAGUUCUGGCCUUCUCAAUAUUGACCCGAUGCUACAGUAAGAGCUUGACCACCGCUACAGCCUGCAUGACGUAGUUACAAGAUUCAACGGCAAUACCCGCGACGUCCAGCAGGUGGCAGAAGUUGGUCAGAAAAUACAACAGUUCAACUAAAAGCACUCAAAAUGGAAGGAUCACAGGCUGCUUCAGUAAGUCAAAUGGAUGUAAAUGAACAGAUCACAAGUUUACAACAAGAAAUUCAAGAUUUAAAGAACUCACUUGAAGCUGAAAGUGAGGAUAGACAAAACAUUAAAGAUUCAAUCACAUGCAAGGAACAAAUUUUAACAGAGCUUCAAAACAAAGCUCAAAGCAUAUCAGAAUUACCAAGACGUUCUGAAAGAGUUAAAGUACAAACGGAAAAGAUGAUAACAUAUCAAAGGGGAAGAAAUUAGUAAAAGGGAAAAAAGACUAACAACUCUUUAUGAACAAUGGAAAACACAGGUACGUGAAACAAGAGAAAAGUUAAAAUCAGAUAUCACAGACAAGGAGAUAUCAGAACUUGCAGAUAUAACAGAGCAAAGGAGAGAUGAUGUAUUAAGGUUAUAUUCAGAAAUAAGGAACCAAAUGGCACCAUCAUCUGACAUAAGGAGGAAGAUUGAUGCAUGUGAUGCAAUAACUUAUGACAUUGUAAGGAUAAUUCUGGAAAGAUUAAGUGGUGUUGAUGAGGAAUUUGAUGCAGUGCGCGAAAGAACUCGUUUACGUGGACUUUUAAAGCACGAUUACGCCCAAUCCAUAUACGGCUCAACCGCAGCAUCAAAUCGCAGCCAACGGUCCUCAGCUUCACAGAUCACAGCACAACGAGCCGCCGCAGCAGCUGAGCUAGCUGCAAAGGAGGCUGAAUAUGAGACUGUACUAGAGGAAUUAAGACAACAGGAAAAGAUAAAAGCUCUAGAAGAGGAGCACAAGAAACAAAUGGCAGCUCAAACAUCUGAGUUAGAACGCUUAAAGGCACAGAAGGACGUGAAAGCAGCUCGAGCUAGGUUUGAAGCAUAUGACAGAGAGUUAUCACAGGUGAAUGAUGUACAGUCAAUAAAAAGUGAACAGGUGAAACCAUACUUCAUACCCAAACAGCCCACAUUAGCACUUUCUUUCACUCCUGCGCAGACAACUCCACCUAAUGUCUCUCAACUAGCUCAAGCCAUACAGGACAGCAUUAAACUGAACAGACUUCCCAUGCCAGAACCAACAGUGUUUAGUGGUGAAUCACUAAGCUUCAUUGAAUGGAAAUCCACGUUCAUAUCACUGAUUGAACAACAGGGCAUCUCAACAGCAGAUAAGUUGUACUAUUUAAAGAGAUAUGUAACGGGCCCAGCUCGAAAAUGCCUUGAAGGGACUUUUUUCAGAAACGAUGAGGAGGCAUACAAAGACGCUUGGGACAAAUUGAAUCAGAGGUACGGCCAGCCAUUCGUGAUACAGAAAGCAUUUAGAGAAAGGCUAGCAAACUGGCCUAAGGUUCAGCCUAGAGAUGCUGAUGGACUGAGAGCAUUUGAAGAUUUCAUAAACGUAAAGGGUCUACAAAUACUCAAUGACAGCGAAGAGAACCAAAAACUGUUGCACAAACUACCAGACUGGAUAAACGCAAGAUGGAACAGGCAGGUAACAAAGACUUUAUUGGAGGGCGGAGAGUUUCCAAGUUUUAGCGCUUUUGCCUCUUUCCUCUCGCUAGAAGCCGAAGUCGCCUGCAAUCCAGUCACCUCCAUUCAUGCACUUCGCUACACUAAAACAAACAGCGACAAAAGGUACACAAAGGAAAUCAAAGGAAACAAGGCAAGUGUAUUUAACAUAAAUGCAACUGUAGAAAGUGAUAAAAGGAUGAUAACAAAAAUACCUAACGGCUCACCAUGCACAAUGUGCCAAGGCACCCAUCAACUUCACCAGUGCCCUGACCUCUUGAAAAUAUCUGAACAGUCAGUCAGCACUUCAAUGAUUGUUCCAGUGUGGCUCUCGACGACCACCAAACCACUCAAAGAAAAACUGGUCUAUGCGUUACUAGACACACACAGUGACACUGUUUUCAUUAAUCAGAAUGUCACGCAUGAGCUGCAGGCAGAUGUUUGUCCAGUGAAGCUGAAACUUACUACUAUGAUGGGUAAAAAUGCAGUUGUAAGCAGUGGAAAGGUGUCUGAUCUUUUAGUAAGAGGUUAUAACUCAGCCACAGUCAUAAAGCUCCCCACUGCAUACACAAAGGAUUACAUACCUGCUAACAGAGAACACAUACCUACCUGUGAAACAGCCAAACAGUGGAGUCACUUGCUAAAAAUAGUAGACGAGAUCCCUCCACUUCUCAGUUGUGAAGUAAGUCUCCUCAUAGGCUAUACUUGUUCUAGAGCUCUUGCACCCAAACAAGUAAUCUUAGGCAAAGAAAACGAGCCCUAUGCCAUUCACACUGAUUUGGGAUGGAGCAUAAUUGGCAACUCGACACCAGACGGCGAAACAGACAUGGCGAGCAGCCUCUGUCACCGAGUCACUGUUAAAGAAAUCCCUCCCUCCACUCCAGCAGAUGCAAUACGUGCGCUGGAAAGAGAUUUCAAGGAGAUCAACGGAAAUGAAAGGACUGUGUCACAAGAUGAUUUAAUAUUCCUUCAGAAUCUCGAGCAUGGCAUAACACGGACUGAAAAUGGACAUUUUGAAAUGCCAUUAACAUUUAAAGAAAAAACACAAAUGCCAGAUAACAGACAACUCGCUGAAACCAGACUAAACCGGCUCAAAGACAAAUCAAAUAUUCUCACAACUGUGACUGAAAGACAAAACGCAGAGACUGUGAUUAUCAAAGACCUGCAAAGACACGCAUACCAAAAUGAAAUGGAAGACACUAAGCAAAGGCAAACAGCUUUCAAAGAACGACAAAAUGUACAACUUGGAUGUCUUUUUGGACAAGGACAAUGUGCUCAAGGUGGGAGAAAGGGUCCAGCACUCAUCGCUGCCCAGCUCUUUUAA